AUGGCGGGGCCUCCGGCCUUGGGAACUCCCGCCGGUGUACGGAGAAAAGGUGGCGGCACCGACGCCAGCGCUAGCGGCGGCGGCAACAGCGGUGAUGCCAUCACCGGUGACUGCACAGACAGCGCGGACAACCACAGUGUCACUCCCAGCGACACCAACAACGACAACAACGACGACGAGGACGACAACGACAAUCACAACAGCACCAACACCACCACCACCAACAACAACAACAGCAGCAGCAGCAGCAGCAGCAGCAGCAACAACAACAAAUCCGUCGUCACCGCCGGCACUGACACCACGACCACCACCAAAAUCAACGACAACGACACCGGCCGCAACAGCAGCAGCAGCAGCAGCAGCGGCGGCAGCGCGUUGCGUACAGUGGCCGUGUCCCUCUCCGGCGGGGUGGACUCCAUGGCCCUCUGCAGGGCCCUCGUGCACCUCCAACCGGUGUACGGCUUCGAGGUGAUGGGCAUCCACAUCGACUACGGCAACAGGCACGAGAGCGGCCGAGAGGCAGACUUUGUGGAGGGGUGGUGCGAGAGACACGGCGUGGUUUUCUACAAGAGGGCCAUCGGGGAGGUUCGGAGGGGGGUCACCGCCCGCGAUGAGUACGAGAAGGUGGCUCGCGAAAUCCGCUUCGACGCAUACAAGGCGGCGCUGGGAGGGCGAUCGAACGACGGCAACGGCGACGACAACGAGGGAGGCGGCAAGGAGGAGAAGGGAGAAGGGGGAGGGGUGCGUCCGGCGGUGAUGUUCGGGCACCACGAGGGGGACGUGGAGGAGAACGUGCUGACGAACCUCAUCAAGGGCUGCAGCAUCCUCGAGCUCGCGGGCAUGUCGCCUGAGAACACCGUCAACGGGGUGCGGGUGUGGCGGCCCAUGCUGCCGUUCGGGAAGGACGUGGUGUACGACUUCGCGCACAAGUUCGGGGUGCCCUACUUCAAGGACACCACGCCGUCGUGGUCUACCAGAGGAAAGCUUCGCCGUCAGUUGAUCCCGAUGAUGGAGGACGUGUUCGGGAGCGGGGUUCUGGGCCACCUGUCGGCCGUGGCGAGGGAGUCGGACGAUCUCAGGGACCUGGUGCACCGGGAGCUGUUCCAGCCGGUCUGGGACAAGGCCGUCACGCAGCCGUUGGGGCUACGCCUCGACGUUGAGUCUUACAGGAGCCACGGCCUGCUCUUCUGGAAGGAGGUUUUGCGGCAGCUGGUGCACAAGAUGGGGAUGCCCAUGGUCCGCGACAAGACGCUGGGAAUGUUCGUCAGGGACACGCUACAGCGCGACACUCACGUACCUCUGAAGGACAAGUGGGUAGAGCUGAGGAAAGAGUACGUGGGUUUCCUGUGCGGAGGAAGCCUGUACAUCUUCAGGAUGGGGGUGUUCCUGCCGCCGAACACGUCCUACGGCGAGAAGGCCGAGGGGACACCUGUCCCGCUAGACGGCGGUCUAGUGCAGGUCGGUCCGUGGAGGAUCACGACGGCAGAGACCGAGACCAAACCACCGCAGGAGCUGCAGGAUUUCGAGCGAGGCCGCCCCCCCGCGGCCAACGCCCUUCCGUUUGCGUCCAUGGACGAGCUCAUGGACGGGGAGUUGAGCUACGUGGUGGCCGUGCCAGACACACCGGAGGCAGCGCUAACGGUCCAGCCUGGUUUGAGAGCGAAGGCCCCGGCGUGGCGAGACGUCGACCCCCGCAUACGCCGCGGGAUGCCCCUGGUGGCCCCGCCCCCCUCACGGGACCCGCCUCUUCUCAAGGAGAGCGGCGCGAGGAUGGUGACUGUCACGCUCAAGUAUACGGGAGCGGGCACGUCACCCUUGUAACGGUUCGUUGUAACGGUUCGUUGUAACGAUUCGUUGUAACGGUUCUUUAGUGCGAGUGUUUUUUUCUUGUCUGAGAAAUAUUAUCACUUUUGCCGUCCCAGCACACAAAGAUGUUGGUGGUGCGCGAAAGGCUGUAAACUGUCUGCGUGUAUUGUCUGUGCCGCAAAGUAGAGUUGGUAGUCUCCCCAGCGGAUAGCGGUAGCAUACUGAAGAGUAGUAGAUGUAGUACUAGUAGAGAGUAGUUGCAGCAAUUGUAGUAGCAGCAUCAGCAGCUGCAGCAGCAGUAUAAUAGUUGUAUCAAUAGCAACGUAUGUCGAGUGGGCGGUGGGACUAAAAAUGAGGGAAUCCUGAAGCAGUACUAGCCAGGUUUGUUGACGCAGUGAUGAAGUCGUCCUUGCUUGUGGAUUGGUAUUGUUGUCAGUGUUGCAAGUGGGUCGAUGCUUUGCCUUUUGGCCGCCCCCAAGGCGGGCGAGGGUAGGCGUACACGACUGCCUUCGGUAAGAAGUCCGGGGGGCAGGCAGAGAAAGGAGAAUUGGGUUCGUGUGGCGCAGCCGUUUUUGCGCUUUUCGGUUUCAGGAGUUGGCCCAUCGAGUGGACACCGCUGUACUGGAAGAU